CUCCCUCUCUCCACCAUUAAUGCCCUUGCUCUCUCUACCGUUUCCAACCUUUGGCACAGGACUUGGUCUCUCUAGUUAAACUACAGUAGCGUAAACUUUGAGGUCUGCCUUUCUCUUCAGAAUCAGCCAUGUCGCUUCAAGCGAGGGCUCUGGUCACCUCUAAAUUGCUUGCAGAGGCCGUGAAGGUGCAGGGGAAAAUGCGCAUCUUGGACACCUCUUGGUAUUUGCCCAAACUGCGGCGCAACGCCAAGAGUGAGUUCAAAAAAAGACACAUACCAGGUGCUGCUUUCUUUGACAUAGGCCAGUGCUGUGAUAAAACCUCUCCCCUGGACCACAUGCUGCCAUCACAGAAGAUUUUCUCAGAUUAUGUUGGAAAUUUGGGAAUAAGCAGUGACACGCACGUGGUGGUGUACGACGCGAGCGAGUUCGGCGCGUUCUCAGCGCCCCGAGUGUGGUGGAUGUUCCGGGUGUUCGGGCACAGCGCGGUCACGCUGCUCAACGGGGGGCUCAGGAACUGGGAGCUGGAGGGUCGACCUGUGAGUGACAAGUACGUCAGACCAGCACCGACCGAGUUCAAGGCAUCGCUGAACCGCUCCUGGAUCAAGAGCUAUGAGGAUAUCCUGGAUAACCUGGACACCAAGAAGUUCCAGGUGGUCGAUGCUAGACCGGCAGGCAGGUUCAGAGGACUGGACCCUGAACCCAGAGACAACACGGAGCCCGGACACAUCCCCGGCUCCAUCAGCCUGCCCUUCCACUCCUUCCUGUCCCCAUCAGGUCACUUCCUGCCCAAGGAGCAACUCCAGGCUUUGUUCGCCCGGGCGGGUGUGGACCUCAGUCGCCCGCUUUGUGUCUCAUGCGGCUCGGCUGUGACUGCGUGUCACGUGGCGCUGGCGGCCCACGAGUGCGGGCACCCGGGGGUGUCGGUGUACGACGGCGGGUGGUCAGAGUGGUACACCCGCGCUGCCCCCGAGCACGUCAUAUCUGAAGGACGAGGGAAACAUUUGUGAUUGGCUGAGGAUUACAGGAAGUGUGUUUGAUUGAUUAAGACCGGAUGAGACUGGGACUGGUCGACAAGAGAAGAAGGAUGUUUGUUCUUAGCUUGUUGUUGUUGGGGAAAGUGUGUUAAGGUUUAAAGGAAUGGUUUGACAUUCUGGGGAAUACUUACUACUUAUUUUCUUUCUUGCCAUGGUUACAUUAGAAGAGUGAUAUCGCUGUCAUGCCUGUACGCUAAAUGUGAAGCUACAGCCAGCAGCUGGUUAGCUUAGCUUAGCACAAAGACUGGGAACAGGGGAAAACAGCUAGCCUGACUGUCCAAGAGCGAUAAAAUCCACCUACCAGGAUCUCUAAUUAGCGUGUUAUAUCUCGUUUAAACACGCUGCACACGCAGACAUAUGAAUGAUGUGUUGCAGUGGUUUGCUCUUGCUUGAUAUUUACGUCACAGAAAAGAGUGGUAGUGGUAUUUUCAUCUACUGUAAUUCUCCACAAGAAAACAAACUAGCUUCCGAUAUGUUCCCAAAAUGUCAAACUAUUCCUUUAACAUAAAAAAAGCAAUGCAUAAUCCAAACACAGAUCACUGAGGGACGUUUUUUUUCUUUCUUCCAAACACACAAUAGAUGACUCAGCAGAAGUGCAAGCAAUACGAGAACAAUAAACUUGACUUUUUAAUCAGUUCUGAAA